UUUUCGGCCUCUGCUCCGCCCGCAAAAGCUGAAGGGUUGUUAAGUUUUUAACACUCUCGAUUUCGGUGAAGUUUCCUCAGAAGGUCGUGACAGCUUGUUUGAGCUGCUGAAAUAAUGUAGCGGAAAUGAUAGCCGAGCCCAACGCAGCCAGUAACCUUCCCAGCCAAAAUACAAGUCAACUGGCUUCAUGUCCUGGCCACUGUAGUUUAAAGGAGGCCAUUGCAGCCAGCUUCCGGUACUGGACCUGCUGCACAAGUGGGAUCCAGCUCGUCUACUCAAACAUGGCCUUUGGCAAAGCAUAUUGUUAGCAUUGGGAAUGAUGAAAGAUGGCACGGUUUCAUUGCAGAUAAAUGUAUGGCUCCAGAUCUCCCAGAAGAGAGAAUGCUGUCCAUGAUGAGACUGUGCUCGAGUCUGCUGCGCAGAAUGGCACAUAUGUGAGAAAUGGCAACCUGAAAACACCAAGAGAGAAACAGAAGGUCCGAGAGCAGUGUGAAAACAUAAGGAGGAGUUCUACUGCUGCCAGAAGAGCAAGCCAGCUACAGAAUGGAGAAGUGGUUGAGGCAGUUACCUUGUUUGAAGUGGUUAGCAUGGGGAAACAGGCCAUGCAGUCUGUGGUAGUUGACUGGGUUGAAGCUUAUAAACAAGACAGGAAUGUGGCACUUCUGGAUCUCAUCAACUUCUUCAUUCAGUGCUCAGGCUGUCAAGGCAUGGUAACAGCAGAGAUGUUUCAAAGUUUGUACAAGAAGGAUGUCAUGCAAAAAAUGACGGAGACCUUUGAUAAGGAAACUGGGUUGCAGUAUAAGAAAUUCGUGGCCUAUCCUUGGAUCCUAACAGUUACUUGGCCGGUGGACAUGGACAAUGAGGACUACCCACUGAUCAGAACAGGACCCUAUUGGAAGAAGUUCAAGGCCAAUUUCUGUGAAUUCAUUGCAGUGCUUGUCCAGCAGUGCCAGUGCAGCAUCCUGUAUGAUAACUACUUGAUGGACACCAUCAUCUCACUGCUUACAGGGUUAGCAGAUUCCAUGGUCAGAGCAUUCAGGCACACAAGCACUUUGGCAGCAAUGAAACUUCUGACAGCAGUUGUAAGCAUCCAUCUGAACCUUGAUGUCAGCAAACACAAUGCUCAAAGACUGUAUGAGGUGGAGAAGAAGAGGCUAAGUGGCAGGAGGACCAGUUACAGACUUGAUCAGCUAGAGAGAAAAAGGAAAGAGUAUGAGCAUAAGCUUCUAGAGAUACAGAACAUGAUGAAUGCUAUUUUCAAAGGGACAUUUCUAAACCGUUACCGUGAUGUUAUCCCUGAGAUCAGAGCAACUUGCAUUGAAGAAAUUGGCAGCUGGAUUAAAAUGUCCCCAGAUGCUUUUUUGAAUGAUAGUUACUUAAAAUAUGUUGGGUGGAUGCUGUACGAUAAGCAAGCUGAAGUGCGGUUGAAGUGUCUGCUGGGACUGCAGGGAAUUUAUAGUAGAAAAGAACUUGUUUCCAGGAUGGAUCUCUUUACUAAUAGAUUCAAGGAUCGAAUUGUGUCCAUGCCUCUGGACAAGGACCAUGAAGUAGCAGUUCAAGCCAUGAAACUCUUGAUGCUUAUGUCACAGAACUGUGAGGAUGUGUUAUCAGCUGAAGACUGUGAAAUGUUAUACCAGUUUGUUUAUACCACUCACCGUCCGCUUGCAGUAGCAGCUGGGGAAUUCCUUUAUAAAAGGCUGCUUAGUCAUGAGGGAGAUAAAAAAGUUCAGCCCGAAGGAGGAGGAAAGUUUGGGGCGAGCACUGACCAGUUGAAAAGAUUAAUACACUUUUUCCUGAAGGGUGAGCUACACAAACAUGUUACAUAUCUAGUAGACAGCUUGUGGGACUGGGCAGGCAAAUUCCUGAAGGACUGGGAGUGCAUGACCUCUCUUCUAUUAAAAAAUGCUGAAGAAGUUGGAGAAGCACUGAGCGAUGCCCAGGAAAGUGUUCUCAUCGAAAUCAUCCUUGCAACAGUCAGAGAAGCAGCUGAAGGUCAUCCUCCAGUGGGCAGAGGUGCAGCCAAAAAAAUUUUGUCAGUAAAAGAGAAGAAAAUCCAAUUGGAAGAUUGCAAAAAAAUUACUGAACACUUUAUUAUGGUGCUUCCUCAGCUCUUGGCAAAGUAUUCAACAGAUGCUCAAAAAGUGGCAAAUCUUCUGCAGAUUCCUCAGUAUUAUGAUUUAGAUGUUUACAGUACAAGACAUCUAGAGAAGCAUUUGGAUGCUUUGCUGAGAGAGAUAAAAGACAUUGUGGCCAAACACUCUGACAUGUCUGUCCUCGAGGCUUCCUCCAGGACUUACUAUAUCCUUUGCCGUGAAGAAAUUGCCAUCUAUAGCCAGGUGGAUUGUGCUCGAACUCAAAUGAUAGAUGAGUUGGUGAAACAGCUUAACCAGCUACUAGAUUGCUUCUGGAAAAAGGAAGGAGGAUUUUGUACGGAUGCAGGAGAAAUUUCCCGGAUGCACUCUACUUUGAGAAGAGUAGCAGCUUUUCAUAAUGCCCAUGAUCUCACCAAGUGGAAUCUGUAUGACAAGACUUUAAGGUUCCUGGUGUUUGAAACAGAACAUGGCAGAUUGCCUGUUCUGAUUAUCCUACCGGCUCUCCAGUGCACAUAUUUUUCUCUCCUGUGGCAACUAGCUGCAGUUUCGGAACAUUCUCCCAAGGAGACUCUUUUUCCACUAAGAAAGCAGCUGAGACAUUUCAGUCAGAUUUGCACAUGCUUCCUCCAUCAUAAGGAAAAAGAUGUAAGAGAAAAGGCCUUCAUGAUACUCUGUGACUGGUUGCUGAUUUUGAGUCACCUGUAUUCAAAUAAUGAAGAAGCAGUUGGACUUCUAGGUUAUCUUCCUAGCACACAACUUCAGGAAAAACUGUUUUCAUUUAUCCAGGAACACGUUUUCAUGGAUGGAGAAGAGGAAAAAAAAGAUCUGACAGAAGAGGGAAAGGAUGAAACUUGCAAACUUGAUGACUUGCACAAGAAGCGGAGUCUUCUGGCAGCAUAUUGCAAGUUAAUAGUGUAUAAUGUGGUAGAGAUGACUGCAGCUGCUGAGAUCUAUAAGUAUUAUGUGAAGACCUACAGUGAUUUUGGAGACAUAAUUAAAGAAACGUUAAGCAAGACGAGGUGCAAUAACAAAAUUCAGAGUGCCAAGACACUGAUUCUCUGUCUGCAGCAGCUGUUUCAGACACAUGCAGAAAGCCAAGACAGCAGUAAUGGUGUGGACUUCUCCUCUCCUUCCUUUGCAAACAUCAAAGAACUUGCUCGUCGCUUUGCACUAACAUUUGGCUGGGACCAAGUGAAAUCUAGAGAAUCUAUAGCCAUGAUACACAAGGAAGGGAUUGAAUUUGCUUUUCAAGGAACUACUGGAAUAGAUGGAAAAUGCUUUCCUCCUAACUUGAGCUUUCUGGUAAUCAUCAGUGAAUUUUCCAACAAGCUGCUAAAGCCAGACAAAAGGCUAGUGUACAGUUACUUACAGAGGUACAUAACAGAGCCACUGUCCUGCAGAGGAGACAAAUGGCAGCCUUUGGUCUGGUACAGAAACUCUUUAUUGGCAAAUGAAGAUGAGGAGAGUUCUGUCCUUGGCAGUUUGGGAGAGCGGCACCCUGUGGGCUCAUCUAAGACAUCUUCUUUUAAGAGGAAAUUAUCUAAUGGGUCUUUGCCUGAAACCAGCCAGACUGAAGCAGGAAGCAAAGCCCCAGAACAGCAGUGUGCUUCUCAGCUUCCCUCUGCAGCAGGGAAAAGCAGAAAGAGGCUGAAAUCUAAAGAGAUGCGCUUGCAGGAACAUUUGCCAUUCCUUUGUCCAGGAGGGCUGCAUAGAAGAUACUGCAAAGAUGAGGUUAAGACAGAAGAUGUCUCCGAGGAGGGUCCAGAAGACACAGUUGAAGAUGUUGAUGUCAUUGGUACAGACCAGGACAGUUAAAGACACUGAGAGGAUGAACAGAAGUGAAGCACACGCUGUUUUUUCUGCAAAUUGUUUAACUUGUCAAUGUGGUGUGAGAACAUCAACUGAGGUGGCAGGAGACAUGGAUCAAGUUGUCUCUGUGCCCGUGGGCAUCCACCCAGAACCAGUUUGUAGCACGGUGGUUGAUUUCUCACCAUUGCUGGUUGUGGGCAUUACUGAGGUGGCUGCUGCAGUUCUAGGGUAGGGCGUUCUGAGCAUCAUUACUCAGCUGCAUCCUGAUCCUUGAUGCUGCCUUGGAAAAGUUCACAGCUGCAGGACUGGAAUCAGGGUAUUGCAAACACUGAAUCAAAGACACUGUGAACCAGGUGAGACAAGCUCAUUUGAAGCAUGUGGGGGCAGUGCUCUGCUGGCUGUGUUCUUUACUGUUUGAGAUAAACAAAUGGAGAUCUGUGUCUUUCCUUGCACCUGGUGCAGGGAAGAAAGGAACCUGGCCCAACUGUGAGCACUGGGACCUGCUGGGUGAUGGCAAGUGCCGUUUCCUGCCUGUAAAAUGGAAAACCUGGAUCAUUCAUCUGAAAGUAUCUCUGAAUUCUGUUGCUUAGAAAGAUGUGGUUAGAGGUCUGCAAGCAUCAGGACAUGAUCAGGAAAACUUGUGUCAAGGCUUCAGAGUAACAAAGAAACAGUGGACCAGCUGACUAUUUUCCUCUGGAAGAAGUCCUUUGUACAGUGAUCAUGUGGUAUUUACUUGGAAAAAGCCUGGAAAGACAAUGUAAAUAGACUGUAAAUAUGGCCAUUUGAAAAGAGGGUGUUUUUGCAUUAAGAAUUUGCAAAUGAUAGCCACUCAAGAGUGUUUCAGUGGCAGUAGGCUGGGGAGUGUGGGCUGCUUUCACUGAUCCUUCUCACUGCUCCCUGGAAUUGUACAUUGCAGUAAUCAUAUCAGCUUUAUUUUUUAUAUACAUAUAUAUAUAUAUUUUGGAUUGUAACUGUGUAAAAUAAACUACAGAACUAUUGCUA